GCCUUCCCCCCGCGGACGGGGCCGGGCUGCGGCUGCGGAGCCGCCGCGGCUGGCGGGAAAGUUUGUCGAGCCGGACCCGGCUGCUGCCGCCCACAGCAAAGCUCCCCGCUGCCGUACAGCUUCCAUGGCCUCUGAAGAACUUACUGGUCUCUCAAACAGCUUCGUACGCCAGAAUUCCGCCAGUGGCAUUUCUCUAGACUUUGAACCUGACGCUGACUACCGCUUUGUUGAAACCUUAGAAGAACGGUACAAAUGUGCCUAUUGCCACUUAGUCCUUCACAAUCCUCACCAGACAGGAUGUGGUCACAGAUUUUGCCAGCAUUGUAUUAUUUCUCUGAGAGAAUUGAAUGCAGUACCCACCUGUCCUGUAGACAAAGAAACAAUAAAAGUGCAGGAGGUGUUCAAAGACAAUUGCUGUAAAAGAGAAGUUCUCAACUUGCAAGUAUUUUGCAAAAAUUUUCCUGAAUGCAAUUCAAAAAUAAUUCUGGGACGAUAUCAGGAUCACCUGCAGCAAUGCUUAUUUGAAAGUGUUCUGUGUACUAAUGGUGAAUGUCGUGAUCAAAUUCUUCGGAAAGAUUUAAAAGAUCACCUAAGUCUGCACUGUAAAUUUCGAGAAGAAAUAUGCCAGUACUGUAAUCAAUAUGUGGUUUCAAUUAAUUUAAAGAACCAUGAGAAAAAUGAGUGUCCUGAUUUUCCUGUGCCUUGUCUCCACAAAUGUUCUCAGAUCAUUCUGAAAAAGGAGAUGGAUAAGCACUUCUCUGUGUGUCCUGAGGCAGAAGUAGAUUGUCCCUAUAAACAAUAUGGCUGUCCUGUACAGAUUAAAAGAGGAAAGCUUGUAGAACAUGAGAAUGCUGCUCUGAGGGAACACAUGCUGCAAAUUUUAGACAAGAAUUCCAAAUUGGAAGAACAGAUAUCUGACCUAUAUAAGAGUUUGGAAUUUAAGGAGAUUAAAAUCCAACAGCUAGCAGACACAGUUAAAAAGUGUGAAAAGGAUUUCAGACAGUUUGCACAGCUGCUUGGUAAAAACAGCAAUUUGAUGGUAAACACCCAGACUCUUGCCAGUCAUAUUGAUAAAUCUGCAUGGCUGGAAACACAAGUGAGGCAGCUAAUACAAAUGUCAAACCAGCAGCAAAGUAAAUUUGACCUGAGGCCACUGCUGGAGACUAUUGAAAAUAUAAAGCAGAAGAUUGCCUUUAUGGAGACAUAUGAUCAGCGUUUAGUUGUUUUGGAAGGCCAGUCCACCGAACAUGAUGUCCAUAUCAGUAUUCACAAAGCACAGCUCAAUAAAAACGAAGAGCGGUUUAAGCUUUUGGAGGGCACAUGUUACAAUGGAAAACUAAUCUGGAAAAUCAUGGACUACAAGAUGAAGAAAAAAGAAGCCAUGGAAGGCCGCAUUGUCUCUAUAUUCAGCCAGCCUUUUUAUACCAGCCGCUGUGGGUACAGGUUAUGUGCAAGAGCAUAUCUGAAUGGGGAUGGCUCAGGAAAAGGGACGCAUGUCUCCCUAUACUUUGUAGUGAUGAGAGGGGAGUUUGAUUCGUUGCUACCAUGGCCUUUCAAGCAAAAAGUUACACUUAUGCUUCUGGACCAAAGUGGGAAAAAAAAUCACAUUGUGGAAGUCUUCAGAGCUGACCCUAACAGCAGCAGUUUCAAAAGGCCAGAUGGAGAGAUGAAUAUUGCCUCUGGAUGCCCAAGGUUUGUGGCGCACGCUGUGCUGGAGAACGCAAAGAACACUUAUGUCAAAGAUGACACUUUGUUCAUGAAGGUUGUUGUGGAUUUAACUGACCUAGAGGAAUUAUGAAGUACCUGGAAGACAUGACUGUUUUAAUGACAAAGAAAUGCUUUCUCUCGGUGACGAUUGGCCAAUCUCAUACAAUGGUGAAUUGCCACUCGUCCAACCAUAUUUUUGACUGCAUAAUAGCUGCUGAGUUGCCAGAGCCACCACCUUUUCUUUCUUUUUUUUCAAUGCUGUAUUUAGGGGAUCCAUAAGUCCAGUUUGACGGUGUGAACCAGAUCAAUGUAUUCAAACCAGUAUUUUGACUCUGUUCAAUAUAUUUUGGGAGUGAAUGCUUGGCUCACAUCUCAAGACUGGCAUUUUAAGAGGAAACUACAGUAGGCCCUUUGGAACCCAGGCAAGUUUGUGGUUCCAGUCACUUAUAAACAUCGAUAGGGCUCCCAUCAUAGUGGUGUCUAGGUGCAUUUCUUGUGGUUUUGCGAGGGAAUCAUUUCAACACUGCCUGAAUAUGAAGAGAUGAAUCCUGAUCCCAGCAGCACCUUGCCUUUAAAAAACCGAGGGAGAAAAGGUAAGCCAGGUAGAAAAAACCUAGCCAGGAAUUUCAGAGCUCCUAGUUAUUGGAAAGUCUGGAUGAAGAUGUCUUAUAGUUCUGGCCUGCUUACUCAGCUGUGCUGAGCACCCACAAAUCCCAGUGAGGUCAUUAGUGUCCCCUAUGUUCCUGCUUGGUGCUUCGGGCCAGAUCCCAAUUUGUGAUGAGCAUCCCCAGUCCCCAUUAGAAGUCAGUGGAAGCUGCUGGUGCUUAUUGCCUCCCAAGAUAUGGUCGUUAUUAGAGUUCUCAGCCCAUCUACUAACCUACAAGAGUAGCAGACCAGUUGAGUCCACUGCUCGAAGGCAGAGGCAAAAGCUCUAAAACUUUUGCUCCUCUGCUGCCUGUGGAGUAUUUUUUUUGUGUGCUUAACAGCCCUGCAGUGGCUCAGAACUUUGGAAAACUGCACUUGAAGGGUUCCUGCUAACAUGCAGCAUUCCACAAAGACAGAGAAAAGACUCACAGACUUUAGGGUCAGAAGGGACCAAUAUGAUAAUCUAGUCUGACCUCCUGUACAAAGCAGGCCACAGAACCCUACCUAUCCACUUCUAUAAUAAACCCCUAACCUAAGAGGAUGUGUGUGGGGAAGCAUUGCUUUAAAUUAGGGCUGUUGGUUAAUCACAGUUAACUCAUGCGAUUAACUCAAAAAAAUUAAUUGUGAUUAAAAAUCACCAUUAAUCGCAGUUUUAAUCGCACUGUUAAACAAUAGAAUACCAAUUAAAAUUUAUUAAAUAUUUUGGAUGUUUUUCUAAAUUUUAAAAUAUAUUGAUUUCAAUUACAACACAGUUUACAAAGUAGACUGCUCACUUUAUAUUGUUUAUUACAAAUAUUUGCACUGUAACAAUGGCAAACAAAAGUUUUUCAAUUCACCUCAUACAAGUACUGUAGUGUAAUCUCUGUAUCAUGAAAGUGCAACUUACAAAUACAGAAUUUUUUUUGUUUGUUACAUACCUGCACUAAAACCAAAAAAAGUGUAAUACUUCAGAGCCUACAAGUCCACUCAGUCCUACUUGUUGUUCAGCCAUUCCCUAAGACAAACAAGUUUGUUUACAUUUACAGGAGAUAAUGCUGCCCACUUCUUGUUUACAGUGUCACCUGAAAGUGAGAACAGGCGUUCACAUGGCACUUCUGUAGCUGGCAUUGCAAGGUCUUUACGUGCCAGAUAGGCUAAACAUUCGUAUGCACCUUCAUGCUUCAGCCACCAUUCCAGAGGACAUGUUUCCAUGCUGAUAAUGCUCGUUAAAAAAAUGUGUUAAUUAAAUUUGUGACUGAACUUCUUGGGGGAGAACUGUAUGUCUCCUGCUUUGUGUCACCUGCAUUCUGUCAUAUAUUUUAUGUUAUAGAAGUCUCGGAUGAUGACCCAGCGCGUUUAUUUUAAGAACAUAUUUUUACUGCAGAGUUGACAGAUCACAAAGAAGGCACCAAUGUGAGAUUUCUAAGGAUAGAUACAGCACUUGACCCAAGGUUUAAGAAUCUGAAUUGCCUUCCAAAAUCUGAGAGGGAUUAGGUAUGGAGCAUGCCUUCAGAAGUCUUAAAAGAGCAACACUCCAAUGCAGAAACUACAGAACCCAAACCAACAAAAAAGAAAAUCAAACUUCUGCUGGUGGCUUUUGACUCACAUGAUGAAAAUGAACAUGCGUUGGUCCACACUGCUUUGGAUUAUCAUCGAGCAGAACCCAUCAUCCGCAUGCACACACGUCCUCUGAAAUGGUGGUUGAAGUAUGAAGGGACAUGUGAUUCUUUAGUGCAUCUGGCAUGUAAAUAUCUUGCGACGCCAGCUACAACAGUGCCAUGCAAACAUUGUGAACAAGAAGCGGGCACCAUUAUCUCUGCCUAAUGUAAACAAACUUGUUUCUCUGAGUGAUUGGCUAAACAAAUAGGACUGAGUGGACUUGCAGGCUCUAAACUUUUAGAUUGUUUUAUUUUUGAAUGCAAUUAUUUUUUGUACUUUAUUCUACAUUUCUAAGAUCAACUUUUAUGAUAGAGAUUGCACUACAGUACUUUGUAUUAGGUGAAUAGAAAAAUACUAUUUUGUACAGUUCAAAUAUUUAUAAUAAAAAAUAAAUAUAAAGUGAACACUGUACACUUUGUAUUCUGUAUUGUAAUUGAAAUAAAUAUAUUGGAAAAUAUGGAAAACAUCAAAAAUAUUUAAAUAAAUUGUAUCUUGUUAUUAACUGUUCGAUUAAUCGUGCAAUUAAUUGUGAUUUUUUUAAUCGCUUGACAGUCCUACUUUAAAUAAAGAAUGAGCUUUUCAAAAGUGCUCCAUGCACAGCAGCCCUCAAAAGGAAUUGCUAGUUGCUGAGCACGUCUGGAAGUCUGACUACUUCAUUUAUUAGUAUUUAUAUUACCAUAGAGUUUGUGGCUGUUGUCACAGAGCAGGACCCCUGCUGUGCUAGGUGCUGUACAAACACAGAAUAUAAAGCCUGUGUCUGCCCCAAAGAGCUCACAAUCUAGGGGCCUAACUGGGAGCUGAGGUCUCAUGAAAACCCAGCCCCAACUGUGGGUACUCUGCACUUUAGGAAUUUGACCCUCAUUUCUUUCAGGCUUUGUUUUGCAGCUCAGAUGAAGUGAGACAGCUGGGAAUUUUGCUCUGAGUUCCCUCUCCAUUGCAGGUGAAUGUAUGCCUGGGUAUGGGUUUUGGGGAGAAACUGGCUGUGUAAACAAGCCAAGUUCAAACACUGCGGAUUACAGGAACAACUAUCAAGGAAGGAGUGGGGACAAGUGCAUGUGUGCCUUGCAAAAGCUUUAUGGACACUUUUAAGAAGGCUCUCAUUGUGCAUCCAUAAUCAUUUUGUGGGUACAAGUAAUAGAAUAUAGAUGUCUGUCUUCGCUUGCAAAUCAGAGAUAGCUAGAUAUGGAAAUGUAAUUAGUUGCUCCUGCAGCCCAACAGUGGGGACAAACUUAGAGGCUCUUCUGAAAAGGCAGCAAGACAUCAGGAAGAAUUUGGAGUAAGCUUGUGGCAAGAGGACAGAAACCAAAGUGGAGCAAAGACUUUAGGGAACUAGGUAGAAAAUGCAGGAAAAGGACAAGAAUGAGUAAAAUCACAAAUGUGCCCUGACAUUUCAUAUAAAAAUCUUAAUAUAGGCUGAAUGCUGUAGCUUUAGGUAAUUGGCAUAAAACAUGAUAUUUUUGCCUUCACUGUCUUAGAUGAAAUUUCCAGACUGGUAGAAAUUUAACUUCCAGUGUUCUCAGAUGGAUUAUGAGACAUGGUCCAGAUAGGCAUAUUGUUAAAAUUGGAAAGUUCUCCCUACAUGCUGCUAUGUUUCCACAUCUUAGUGGUAUAUUUCUAUUUCGAUGCUACUGUGGUACUGUGCCAGUAUAUACUGGGCCACUGUGGGGAUUAUAGAUGUUCCCAGGGACAGAUGCUAUGGGCCAAAUUCUGUUAUCUGUUGUACAACUGCAGUUCUCACUGAGUUUAAUAGCUGUUGCACCUGUACUAGAGAGCAGGAUUUGAUCUUAUAUCUUUAAUACUUUGUUUUGAAAAGAAUGGGCGUGUGUUUAAAAAGAUGCAGCAUGCUAGAACUUUGUGACUCAACAGGGUGCAUUAAAGUGGAUCUAAUGUUACUGUAAAAAAAAAAUCAACAUCUGUGCUGUAACUUUCAAAAUUAUGUAAUAUGAAUAAUGACUACUAGGACUGAUGCAAGUGAUACCUACCACCUGUUUCCAUAAAACUCCUAGAAUGUUAGUAGUAAAAUACAGAAAAGUAUUAUAGAACUCAGAGAGUGGGAGGAUGGGAGGGCAUGGUCUGGACUUGAGCAAGUCACUUAACUCCCUCAGCCUCUAUUUCCCCAACUGUAAAAUGGGGAUAAUACUUGCAUCACAGGGGUGUUAGAAUUAAUUAGAAGAUGUUUGUGCAGUGCUUUGAGCAUGCAAAGAACUAAGUAUUACUAGAACUCCAUUUCAAAUGGUUAGAGUAGGUGAUGGUUUUGUGAUGUUGACAAAUGUUUAGUGUGUUCUUGGACAGAUUUUGAAGCAUGUUAAACCUUCAUCCAAUCCAUAAUGCAAUCUCUCAUUCUCUAAUUGUUGACUAUAUUUACUUAUUUCCCAUGAAUAUAGUUUUUAAAAAUAAUUUAAAGAAAUAUAUGCUGAAGCACAAGCAACCCAUUUUGGGUUUAUGGUAACAGCUUCCUUUUUAAAGCUCCUUUUAUAAAGCAUUUGCUCAGUGAAUUACAUUUUUAAGGGUGAUCGCAUUUUAAUCAACUUAUUUAUAAAAGCAGUUGAGAGUUGGGAUUUUGUUUUUUCAGAUGUUUUUACUUCUUAUAACGUGGAGUUUAGAUAUCAUCCUGUUCCUAGUAAGCAAAAAAUGUUGCAUAGCAUAGAUGUUAUAGAAAAGACAAGUUGUAACUUGCAUGGAAAACACCAAAAACUUUUCAAUGCGAAUGUAUAUUUAACCUAAUGAGUAUACGAUAUUUCUGCAGCAAUAUGUGGUAUGUUUUUAAUGUAUUUAUUGACCAGUUUUUAGCCUUUUUGGAUAACUCUUUACUAAUAUAUUGUGAUUUUUCUAUCCCAUUGUCAUACCUGUACCUGUAAAAUACGUAAAAAAUAAACUGAACUUCACCAUC